AUGUCUCCCAAUCUCUCUCUUUCUUUCUUUCUCUCUCUGUCUCCGUUUCUUUCUCUCUCGCUUUUCUCACUUUCUCACACUUUUUCCCCUUCUCUCUUUAUUUAUCUUGUUGAUUGUUUCUUUCUAAUUAUAUUUUGUCUUAUUCUUUUUCUCUCGCUAUUUUCACUCCUUCUCUUCCAUUCUCUUUUUUUCCGUGUUAUUUCGUGUUAUUUUUUCUUUUUGUAUUUUAUCACCGAAUCUCUCUCAUUUUAUUCGAUCGCUCCCUCUCUCUCUCUCUCUAUUUUCUCUCUCUCUCUCUCUAUCUAUCUAUCUAUCUAUCUAUCUAUCUCUCUAUCUUUAUUGUUUUCUUUUUAUGUCGGUCUCGUUCCAUUUCUAUUACACAUUUUCUUUCUUAAAUUCUUUCUUUCUUUUUUGGCUCUAAAACCUUUACUUUCUACUUUUAAUGUCUAUUUCUUAUUUCUUUCCUUCUUACAAUCUCUCUCUUUAUUUUCUUCUUCUUCUUCUAUAUUGCUUUCAAACAUACACACACAAGCACAUACAACAUAUGCACUCACAUCAUCCCUCAUUUUCUUAUCCCACCUCUCUCUCUCUCUCUCUCUCUCUCUCUCUCUCUCUCUCUCUUUAUUUCGCCUCUUUCUCACUCUCAUCCUGACUUUUCAAUCUAACCUUUUCUUUCCAGACUUUUCACGGUGUCUCCGUUCCCUUUCAUUUCCUUCUCACCAGCAACCCCCUAUCAAUCUCUAUACUUCAUACUGUGAUUUCUUUCAUUUCCUCACUUUCCUUUUAAUAUCCUUUCCUUUUCAAACCCGUCCCCAGCCAUUUUCUCAUUUUGACCCUCUCAAUCUAUUCCCGCCACGAUGUGCGCUCACACGCCAAUACAUCACCUGUGAGGUUAAGCUAAAAAUACGAAUACUUGUUUCUUGGGCCGACAGUGGAGAGUUCUAA